AUGCAGAGACUUCACAUGCACAUCAUCAGUAAAGAUAUGGUGUCACCAUGUUUAAAAACUAAAGUUCAUUGGAAUAGCUUUACUACAACCUUCUUUAAACCGUACGAAAAUGUCUUAAAAGAAUUAAAAGAAAAGGGCUGUAUUACUAAAAUAGAAAAUGAUAUACAUAAAAAUCUAAUGUCAACUCCACUAAAGUGUAAUCAAUGUAAUUAUGUUCCCAAAAAUAUGCCACAACUGAAAGACCAUUUAGUCAGUCACAUUAAA